AUGUCAAGCUUCCUGCACAGCCUCACAUCUCCGCCCGCCCAAACACUGCAUGUGCUGCAGCCUACGCCCGCCACCAUCACGUACACGGUGUCGACGCGUUCUGCAUCCAAGACACUGCCAGCGCAUGUAGGAUAUUAUGUAGGAAUACUUGUCCGGAUAUUCUGUGGGUUAACAAGUGGACUGCUACUAUGGAUGAAAUGGAAAAUUACAAAUAAGCAACCAAUGCUCUUCUUGCAGGUCGCAUUGGGUAGUGAAGGAGAGGGGCAACUAGUAAAACUGGUGGAGACGUUGCAAUGGCGAUAUCUUGUUCCAAGUGCGCUCCUUACUCUAUUCUUAGUCUUUCGAAGAAACUAUACUGAGGAAUCCCUAACUGUGCUUCGUGGCCUCGGCGUCCAAACUUCAACUACCUCCUCGACGUACCUCCAAACACCCACAACGCGCUUCAUUCCCACAACCAACAUUCAGGACAUCUUCAUACACGAGGCGUUCAAGGGCUUCGAAGUGAGAUUCUACCUCAUGAUCGUGGUGGAAGGCGAGGACGAGGUGGUUGUCGUCUUCCCAACAAUGUUGCCCAGAAGGGGAGUGCUGGAAGUUGUGUGGAGAGGAGUGAGAGGAGGGCUGUGGGAGCAAGGAUGGUCGAAGCCAAAGAUCGAGGUGACGGAAAGCAACGAAAAGGUAGAAAUAUGA